UCUCAUCAAUUCCUCUUUGCUUAGCAAUGGUUUUUCCCUUCAUCAAGACGUUCACUGGAACUCUGUUCCUUGAACCCAUUGCUGCAAACUCUCUUUUUCGCCUCUCGUCAAGUUCUUCCUUCUUACAAUGUCUCCCUGGACGAGCUGGCUGAGGUGGGACUUGAUAUAAGACCUUUUGUUCGCAAUCUGGGAUGGGACUUUCUCAUAGAUCGUCCUUCUCUCCGAUUGUAUGCCCUGAGGCCGUCAGGUUCUUCUUCUCAAACUUGCGGUAUUCUGAUGCAUCAUCUCGAGUCUUUACCUCUCUGGUCUUUGGCCAUCUGUUUACCAUUCCUGUUCAUCAGGUUGGUUUACUUUUGGACAUACCACAAGAUGGUGAAAAUCUUGCUGAUGAAUCGGAGCUUGGUCUUUUUGGCUUCGAUGUUAUGGAGGAAUUCCAAGUCAUCACCGGUCAACGCCCUGGUUCAGAUCAGCUUAUUCCUGUUCGCACUUUGCUUCCUGUCCUUCAGGUCUUUCAUUUCUUCCUCACUCAAGUCUUCCUUCCUAGGACGGGUAACCUUCAUCUGUUGACCCCUCUUUAUGUCUGGAUCAUUGCUCAUGCUGUGCACGGUACCCCUUUGGACUACUCUCCUCUCUUCUUUGGGGCGAUUCUUCCUUUUGCCAACAUCUCUCUCGAGGUCUCUCUGCCUUUCGGAUCGUUGAUUACUCAGCUGCUGCUUCGUCUGGAUAUCAACCUCAACUUGUUUCGCACCUCCACCCCCACUGUUUUCUUCUCGGCUGAUGAUGUCAUGGACAUUAUGCAAAUUGCAGUUGAGGGGGAGAAUGAUGGUGUGCCUGCUUUUCACAUUAUCAGUAGUGAUGAUUCAGACUCAGACUCAGACUCCUCGGAUGACUCGGAUGUUGGUUCUGCUGCGGGGUUGGAACCUUUCGUAGCAGCUCUUCAGGACCUUUAUGGCUCAGGAUCUGACAAUGAAGGUUUCUAACUCUCAGGGGGAGCCCGCUUUGUUCAGGGGCAGCCCGCUUUGUUGCUUAUUUAUGUUUCUAGAGUUUAGGAGGUUUAAGGGGAGCGUGCUCCUGUGUUGGUCUGGUGUUUGACUGGUUUCUCUGUUUCCUUUGUUACUCUGUUGGAUUGGCUUGCUUGACCAGGCUGUGGUCUUUUUGAUCUUUUGGAUGCUCGGUUUAAUUUUGCUCUGGUUUCUUAGUAUUUGUUUGUUGCUUUGAAUAUUUCUUUAUGUUUCGCAUAGAAAGGUGUUUGUUGCUGCAGGCACUUUCGGCAAACUGCAAUUUCAGUUUCAGGGGAAGAUUGUUGAUAUGGAAACUUUCAUUGCACCUUAGAAAGUAUCCAGGAAUCAAAGGGAUUUAACAGG